AUGGAUCGUCCGCCGCCACCGCGCCGCAACCGUCCCCCGCCGGGGCCUUCCUCACGCGCGAGUCGUCGCCGUGGCUAUGGCUCUGGUUCCGGCCCCGGCCCCGGCCCCGGCCCCGCUAACGGCCCUCACCACCCUCGUACCCAUUCUUCGCCAAACCGCCAAAACGCAUUCUCAACCUCCCCUUCCCCGCGUCCUCGCUCCAAGAAUCGUGGCCGUCGUCGCGGCAACCCCUCCUCCGCCAAUUACAAUCCCAAUGGAAACGCUCCUCACAAUCUCGCACCCACUGUUGCCGUCAAGCUCGUCGUUCGUCGCUUGCCGCCCACCCUCACUGCUGACAAAUUCGCAGAAAUUGCAGACCCCGCAGGUGCGAGCAGAGCCGUGUGGCGAUCUUUUGCCCCUGGAAGCGCUUCGGCUGCAUCGGGCCCCGUCAAGCGCCUGAGGCUGGUUACUCGCCAUGCCACUGCCUAUCUUGCAUUUGUCAACAUGGAUGAUGCCGUGGCCUUUACUCAAACUUUCAAUGGCAUCAAAUUCCAAGAUCCUAAUGCCCCUCCCUCUUCUCAGAAUCAUGACUUUAUUGCACGUGUUGAGAGGGCGCCCUGGCAGCCUGUUCCUCCUCUCACCAAGAUAACCAAGCCUUUGCCUCUACAUGGCACAAUUGAGCGCGAUCCCGACUACAUGGCUUUCGUCGCCCGUCUCGAGGAUGAAACCAAGAAAGAGCUUUCCGGCGCUAAUGCGCUUACAGUUGCUCAGACCAGCGCCAUAUUUUCGAGGGGUCCAGGAAGCAACCCGAGCGACACCCAAAAGAGGGAUAACACCUCUGCUAGUGUCUCGACCAGUACAGGAAAGGCUGGCGCCUUGGCUGUCAACGGUUCCGAGCUAAGCACCCCACUUAUGGAGGAUGUCCGUGCCAGACGGAAAGAGAGGGAUAACAGGAAGAAGACCACAAAAGUUACACCAAGGGCAGCGAGGGGAAAGGCAAGGCAUCCGCAUCCAAGUGAUUCGCCUCAUAAGCAGCAGACAGAGUCACCGGGGAAAGUGACAUCAUCGAUGAGGAAAAAGAAACAGCGAGAGCGCGCGCGAGCAUCGGAGAUCGCUAACGCAGCUAAGAGGCAAGAAGAUAUGCAAUCAGCCAAGCGAAUCGGGAGUCCGGCGAUUGAUAGUAAGCGCGGAAGCAACGCCGAGCCCCGCCGUGAUUUCGUUGAACCUAGAUUGACAAGCAACUUGCCUACGCUUCCCAAAACCGGCGGUCAUCCAAACGGCGGGACAUCAGGAGUCCCGACUGCGUUUACCAAGCAGAGCUUACCACGGGGGGGAUCGGGACGUUCCAGAUCUGGACGCGGUCGGCCUAAAGGACCAAAUAUGACUGUCCCUCCUGGUGCGGCGAACGACUCUGUCGACUCUCGCGCAUCAGUAAGAGUGCUCAGGAAGGACCUGAGAAAUGGAGGUUAGCUGCCCAGAUGUAUUGAGGAUCCUCAGCAUGAGUUUCCUCUGUCCAAAUUUGAUUUUCAAGUGAAUGAUAUAUGCCUUGUGCGAUUUACAAAGGCGUAGGGUUCAGUGAAGCUACAAGCUCUGAAAGGCAACCAAACGUAAUUUCUUGUCUGGGAAUAGUCAAUGAUAGCAGGGGCUUCAAUGACUGAGUGAUGGAGAAGGAGGUGAUGUUUGUCCAGACUUUAAUGCAAGCUACCGUCUCUUCUGCAACAUUUCCCUUCGACUUGUCGUCUACUAGACGAUACGUGUGCCAUGAUGCGCUGGAAGAGCAGUUUGGUUGAAAGCAUUACUGGUAUUGUGCUUGGCCACUCAGUAUUAUUGAUAAAUCGCGCGCAUUACUACGAGAACGAUCACUGCGGCAUUCCACUGUGCUGUGCUAUGUGCUCCUGGAUUCGAGAGCGGAAUGUAGUGAGGAGGAAUUAGGGGCGCAUCUUGUUGCCUUCUGCACAGACGCAUUGAGGGAAAGCGCCAUAAGUGCCGGACUUCAAAAUGACCUCGAGGUCAAGCUGCUUGCAUCGCCUGAAGCUAAACAUGAUAGCUGGGGAAAGUAGUUGAAGAAUCGAGUGUGCUCUGAAUUAAAACAACGAGAACCAGCACAUAGGAAGCGAAGUCUGUAUUAUGUGCGACAAA